AUGCCAUUUUCCAAGGUGCUCGGGGGAUCCUUCAAGCUGCUUGACGGCCAUCAAAUCCCAUUGUUUGGACUGGGAACAUGGCAGUUGGAGUCGAGUUCCGAAUGUGUUACCGCUUUGGAUGCGGCGUUUGCCUCAGGGUAUCGGCUGUUUGACACCGCCAAGUACUAUCGCAAUGAGCGACAGCUGGGCGAUGCCCUCAAGGUACUUUUUGAUUACUGUUUAUUUGUAAAAUACGGGUUCUCUUUUUUGUCGAUUUUUACAUUAAAUUUCCAAAAAAUCCGUCAUGAUGACAUAUUUUAUGUGAAAAUUACAGUAUCCAAAAUAAAUGAAUAUUGUUUCAGACGGUCUUGCCGAAGCACGGACUCCGUCGAGAAGACAUUUUCAUUGAGACCAAAGCCAAUAUUUCGAAUUCAUCAAACGUUGCCGGAGGCAUUACUGAUAUGGUCGAGGAUUCGUUGCACAAACUUGGAACAGAGUAAGAAUUAUUUUAAUGGGAUUUUUAUGAGCUUGACAGCUGUUAGAGUUCAUAAUAUUGUAAAAUACGGUCAGAGUGGUCAAUGUUUUAUAUUGUAGUAGACAUUAGAUGUCAAUUUUUUAUUUUUUGCCUUUACUUUUAAUUUUUUUUCCCCAAAAAUUGUUUUUAUUAAAUUUCCAGCUACUUGGACCUGGUUUUGAUCCAUUAUCCCAAGAAUUGGGGAGUUUCUGACAAAAGAUCGGCCAAUCGAAAGGAUCGGAGUGAAGCCUUCGGAGCCUUGGAAGCACUGCAAUGCAAGUUUUAUUUUUACUUUAAAUGUCUUGUAAGGGGCUAAAACUAUAUUAAUUUCAUUGUUUCAUACAGAUUCGACUGUUUUUACAUGUAGAAACAAAGAAAUGAAAGAAAGUCAUCAAAAAAUCACCAUUUUACCUUAAAAAAGACCAAAUUUCGCUAUUUUCCCUUAGGCAGUUUUCCCAAAAAAAUCAAAAAAUUAAAGAAUAAGUUGUGUUUUAGCCGCUGGCAAGAUCCGGUCCGUUGGCGUCUCCAAUUUUGAGGCCUCCCACAUCGAUCAACUCGUUCAGGAUGGCCACUCCAAACCCGUCGUAAAUCAAUGCGAAUUCCAUCCACAUCUCACCAGACCCGACUUGGUCGAAUAUUGCAAAAAGAAUGGGAUCCUUUUCCAAGCACAUACACCUUUGGCAUUCCAUUCGAGAGGCCUGGUAGGAGAUCCGACCGUCAAAGAGUUGAUGAGCAAGUAUAAUAUCGGAUUUGAGGUGAGAAGGUGUUCAUGGAGAGGUUUUAGUGUACGAUUGGUAAGAAAAUGAGAGACGAUGAGAUUUGAAAAUACUUUUUAUCGUGUUUUAAUUCAAAAAUACGAAAAAUUUAAAGUCGAAAUAGUUGAUGGGCAAGUACAGGGUGCGGCAAUUUUUCGGCCGGAUUUGAAUUGGCUAUAACUUUUUUAGUUUUUAUCCGAAUGUUAAAAUUCUUUUUUUCCCUGAAUUCUCAGACAACCCCAUUUUGUUCAAUGCCAAAUAUGUUAUACAUACAGGGACCUAGUUCAUAGUUAUUGGCAUUUCGGUCGUUUUCUCUGCUUUUUCGGCGUGUGUGAAAAUCGCCAGAAAAAAUGAUUUUUUUUACGAAUUUUGUCGUAAAAAAUUUCAUGCCUGUUCAUGCCAUGGAGAAUACCGUUUCCACAAAAAAUCAGCUCUCUCCGCACAAAACUAGCGAAGAUAUAGCCAAAAAGUUUUUCUGUGUGACCACUCAUGUGCCCUCCUGACCGCAAAGAAUCGUUGAAUAUCUUGGUCGCCCCUGAAAGGUGCGGGCUGAAACUUUCAGGAAUUGAUGUGUGGCCUAUGUCCGGCCCAUGUGCAAAAUUUAAAGAAAAUCUGAGAGUCGCACUAGGGGUAAUUCCAUUGUCAGCUAUGAAAAUUAGAGUUUUUUCUUUGUCUCGAAUUUUUACUGUAGUCUAAUGAACGGGUAUAACAUAUUUGGUAUUAAACAAAAUGGGGUUGUCUAUGGAUUCAGGGAAAAAAAGAAUUUUAACAUUUGCCCAAAAACUAAAAAAGUUAUGGCCAAUUAAAAUCCGGCCGAAAAAUUGCCGCACCCUGUAUAAUAUAAAGCGGGAGAUAAAAGAUUUUCUGAAAAAUUUUUGAAAUUUUUCUGUUUUUACUUUUUUUUUUUAAAAAAAGUAAAUUUUCAGUUUACUUUCCGGAAAAUGCAAAAAAAAGUCAAUUUUGUUUCUGGCUUUCCGACUUGAAGGUCGGGAGUAGGAUCGGAUCUUACUCCCCGCUCGGAGUCGUGGAAAGUCAGAGCUUGUUUUUACUUUCAUCCUCUUUUUGGCCCCGCACUGCAGGUUGCAAGGUUGACGCCAAGUCUUUCCCUGAUGUGUCAAGUUUUUCUCUUCCGAAAAAAUUAUUUUUAUGUUUGUGCGAUGUUCUGAAGCUAUGUUCUCCACGAAGAUGGGCUAAAAAGUGAUCAAGUAAGUUAGAAUUAGCAAGAGGAGAUGUACGUUUUUCAUUUGACACCAAAAUUUUCCCUUUUAUUUCAGAGAAAGGUACAAAAUUUUUCCAAUUCGUAAAGCUUCAUGACCAUGGAUAAUGUAAGUGAGAUUAUCUCGUUUUUUGCUACGACGUCAAGAUUCUAAGUCGGGAAACGUUUAGAGGAGACCCUACUCUCAUGUAUAUUCCCCAUGUAUGAAACCCCAUAAAUUUUGAGGAAUAACGACGUAAAAGUUUCAAAUACUAUACUAACUUUCCAAAAAGUAUGUUAUACGAAAGUAAACUAUCUUCAAGUUAUUGUAACAACGUUAUUUGAGCCUUACUACGUUAUUACCCCAGUUUAGAACGCCUUCGUGGCAAAAAUCCGGCGGAUCUGAGCGGAUUUCGAUAUUGUACAUGACACCUAGAAAUCAAAAUUGGUGGCGUUUGAUAGAUAGAGUAUAUAACAAAACUAAAGUGAGGUGUCCUCUAGAACUCGCCAGCCUAGAACUGUUAACUCCAAAACGGAACAAAAAACGCGGUAAGCGCACUUACAUUAUCCAUGGUCAUGAAGUUUUACGAAUUGGAAAAAAUUUGUACCUUUCUCUGAAAUAAAAGGAAAAUUUUUGGUGUCAAAUGAAAAAAGUACAUCUCCUCUUGCUAAUGCUAACUUACUUGAUCACUUUUCAGCCCAUCUUCGUGGAGAAAAUAGAUUCACAACUUCAAAAAAAUCAAAACGUUUCUUCCGGGAGAGAGAAAUUUGACACAUCUGGAAUUCCCGGGCGCAGCUCGCAAAAAUAGUUUUGAAGAAAAUAAAUUGGCGUGCAUGUGAGUAAAAACGGCAUCCUACUCACCAGCCAAAAUGGGCGAGCCAUUUUUGUUUCAACUUUCCGGAUCGACCUUUUGGCGAGCCAUUUUUGAUCCAACUUUCCAAAAAUUUGUCGUUCGGAGUAAGAAUGUUUUUUGACUUUCCGAAAUCGAAAAUUUCCGGAAAUUUUUCAAAAUUUACUUUUUUUUAAAAAAAAAAGUAAAAACAGAAAAAUUUCAAAAAUUUUUCAGAAAAUCUUUUAUCUCCCGCUUUAUAUAGACGUGUUUUUGAGACAAAAACUUAUACGAAUUUUGUGAUUUUAUGGUAGAUUAUGGAAAAAACAGAGAAGAUAAGGGACUCUGAGAGGAUACUUGGCUUUUCUGCCCUAAAAUACGGAAUCUAAAAAUUGAUCACCAAGUGCAACAAUAUGGAUUUUUGAGAUGAAAAAUAAUGGAAAUCUUGAGAAUUUUUGAUGGAAAAAGAAGUGAUAUAGCACAUAGAGCAUUUUGAAAGAAUAUUUUGCCUUUUUUAUAUUGCUAAAGUACGAAAAUUUUUAUAAUUUCCCAAAAGUCAAUAAUUUUGUCAUGGGUAAUAUGCAUUUUCAGCAAUUAAUGUUGGUUUUCCCGAUCAAACAAGGAAUUGGAGUGGUCCCAAAGUCUUCAAAUCCCAAGAGAAUCGCAGCCAACAUCCAAUCCGUCAACGUCCCCAUCUCUAGUGAGGAUAUUGAACGGUUAAAUCGGCUGAAUCAAGGGCGACAUUACUCGGAUUGCUCGGGCUGGGACGUUUUGUAA